AUGGCAGAGAUCCAGAAGAAGUAUGGACAUAUUGGUACCAUUCGUGUUACUUUUUCACGCAAGAGACUUCUAAGCAAGGCCAUGGUCGGCCGGGAUCUCCCGACGUUGGAGGACUUGAUUCCGGAGAAAGCUCUGAAAGGACAGGCAGUGGACAUUGGGAUCAGCCUUGGGAAAGAGGAACCAGCAAAAGCCCUGAUGACCUACACAGGGGAGAUGAUCGACAAUAGCCCCAUUGCCGUGUUCAUCUUCCUGUAUCGGAGCAAAGAUGCGCUGCAGAUCCUCGAUAUCCUUCCACGAGCACCCAGUCCUGUCCCCUUGGAGGAAAGAGAUCCCGAGACUCUCACCAAGGAAGAGGCAGUGGAGCUACUCCGUCGGCAAAAGGCAGAGCUUGAGGCAGCUAAGCGCAAGAUCAAGAAGGAGCAAGCAGAAGCAGAUAUGCAACAACGUGGUGGGAUCAAAUGUGAGGCUCCUGCUGAUGACGAGGAAGACGACAUCAGCGUCAUUGCACCACCGACGAAGAAACAUCGCAAUAUCCCAGAGACCAUCGAGCUUUCAGGCUAG